AGGGCUGAGGCAGUUGGUUCGCUCCAGUGUGUCUGAGAGCCGCGAGUGCUAUGUGGGGCUGUUAUUUAGGUCUGUUACAGCACGCUAGGAGAAACUUAGCCCGAGUGCAGAGACGCAGUCUUGCCAGCCAGCAACCAACGGCGCAGUUCAGAUAGUGAGGGAAAGAGAAACAAGCAGUGUGAUAGAGGGACGGAGGGAAAACAUAGAGAGGAAACGCUUACAAGAGCAAAACAGCAGGAUCAAGCGGCACACAUAUCCCGAGUACAGGAAUUCCAGUGAGGAAUUUAGUGCUGUCGUAGCUGCGGGUGUUGUUAUUGUUUUUUUUGCAGUGUGACAUGAGCCAGUACAGAAUCUAAUAGGGAACGGGACGGAGGGGAAGUAGGUGACUGUUCAGGAUCACUUUUAUUUGGAGGUGGGUGGGUGACAGGGACGCACUAUGUUCGACUGUAUGGAGGCACUGGGCAUGGGUCCCCGCCAACUCUAUGAUGUCACCAACCGGGGUGCGUGCAUGCUUCGGAAGGUGAGCCCCUUCUAUGCCGGACUGGAUCCUUUCGCUUGGACGGGGACGGCUAGCGUACGUUCGGUGGAGACCCAGAGCACCAGUUCGGAGGAGAUGGUGCCCAGCUCCCCUUCUCCACCACCGCCGCCUCGUGUCUACAAGCCUUGCUUCGUCUGCCAGGACAAGUCUUCUGGGUACCACUAUGGUGUCAGUUCUUGCGAAGGGUGUAAGGGUUUCUUCCGUCGCAGUAUUCAGAAGAACAUGGUGUACACCUGCCACCGCGACAAGAACUGCCAGAUCAACAAGGUCACACGCAACCGUUGCCAAUACUGCCGGCUGCAGAAGUGUUUCGAGGUUGGCAUGUCCAAGGAAGCUGUUCGCAAUGAUCGAAAUAAGAAGAAAAUUAAGGAUGUGAAGGAUGAGUUCAUUCCUCCAGAGAGCUAUGAGCUGAGCGGGGAACUGGAGGAACUGGUCAACAAAGUGAGCAAAGCACAUCAAGAGACCUUCCCUUCACUCUGCCAGCUGGGAAAAUAUACCACAAACUCAAGCUCAGACCACCGGGUCCAGUUGGACCUUGGCCUGUGGGACAAGUUCAGUGAGCUUUCCACCAAGUGCAUCAUUAAAAUAGUGGAGUUUGCCAAACGUCUGCCAGGCUUCACCACCCUCACCAUUGCAGAUCAGAUCACCCUCCUUAAAUCGGCCUGCUUGGAUAUUCUAAUGCUGCGAAUCUGCACACGAUACACACCGGAGCAGGACACAAUGACCUUUUCAGAUGGACUGACCCUCAACCGGACCCAGAUGCACAAUGCUGGCUUCGGCCCACUCACUGACUUGGUGUUUGCUUUUGCUGGUCAGCUCCUACCCUUAGAGAUGGAUGAUACAGAGACUGGCCUCCUCAGCGCCAUCUGCCUCAUUUGUGGAGACCGAAUGGACCUUGAAGAACCAGACCGUGUAGAUCGUCUACAGGAGCCCCUGCUGGAGGCUCUUAAGAUCUAUGCACGUCGCCGCCGACCCAACAAACCCCACAUGUUUCCCCGUAUGUUGAUGAAGAUCACUGACCUGCGUGGCAUCAGCACCAAGGGAGCAGAAAGAGCCAUAACUUUAAAGAUGGAGAUCCCAGGCCCUAUGCCGCCACUUAUUCGAGAGAUGCUGGAAAACCCAGAGGCCUUCGAGGAUCAGACCGAGUCCACAGAGAAGAAGCCGGAGCCCGAACAACUCACCCCUCCACCCGCUUUGCUUACUAUGAAGAAAGAGCAGGAGGAUGAGGAAGACAGCUGGAACACAGAGAACGGCAGCGAGCCUUCACCAGAAGAGGAAGAUGAUGAUUAUGAUGAUGGAGAGGAGGAGAGGGGUACAGACAGCGACGGAGAAGCUUGGGGUGGCCAGGAACCCAAUGUGGAUGUGUCCAGAAAGAAACAUGGAGGAAGAGCUCAGUGAGGAUGCUUCUUCCAGGGCAAACUUAGAGCCUUACCUGUACAGACACUCCUAACUCAGGCCACAUGGUCAACGAUGAGAGACACAUUAGUGAGGCAGUUUAAAAAACUCACAUAAAAACCUAUUCUCAGGACCUCUCCAGCAGAGUGAGAGGGAAGGUAGAAAAAGACAAAACAACAGUUUUUUUUAGACAUCAUAACUGCCGCUUUUCUAAAAACUUGUUUGUUUGCUUUGAAAAGGAGAAGCCAAAUGGACUUUAACACCAUUAACAGCUGACUUUCAACGGGUUCAAAAUAUUCUUUCGAAAGAAAAUACACAAAAGAAAACUGAAAAUGCUAAUCCUUUUUCUGUUGUCGUUGAUGCUUUUGAAUAUCUUUUUGACUUUUUCAGCUUUGAGAUAGUUUGUUCUCUUUACAUUUUAUGAAUA